AUGGCAACAACCGAAAAGCCCAUCACCGUCACCGAGACUGCAUCGCCAGUCCCUGGCCCUUCAUCAGGGACCGGCAAAUCCAAGCCAAAAAGCGGUUCUGGCAGCUCCAACUCUGUGCUCCUCACCCUCCUCCCACAAGCUCCCCUCCUCCUUUGGGUGGCAAUCCUUCACUGCCUUCGCCUCUCCCCACCCUCAAAAUACCUCGACCUCCGAACAGAGCUGGCCCUCGCCGUCAUCCGCUCCUUCAUCAGCCCUGCCAAACCCCAAUCCGUGAGCACGACCCAGAAACUGGCCUCUCGCGCCCCGGCGCCGAGGGGACACAUCUGGGUUGCUACCUAUGCCUGCCCGGUUCCGCCGGAGGCGGAGGAACUGAAGGAGGCGAUUAAGAGGGGCAUCGAUGGGCUAUGGGACCCCAAAAUUCCCAGGGCGGGUUAUGACAUUCCUGAGCCGGUAGCCGUUGAGGCGGAGUGGACGGGGUACAGGGUCAAUGCUGCCCGAGGAGAAAAGCUACCCAAAGAGCUGGGGGAGAAGGGGUUGUACGAGGCGAUGAUGAAGGAUGUGAAGAGUCCGGUUACGGUGCUCUACUUUCAUGGAGGAGCGUACUGCAUGCUGGAUCCGGCGACACAUCGGCCUACGACGAAGACACUAGCUAAGUUGACGGGGGGCAGGGUCUACUCGGUGAGAUACAGGCUUGCGCCACAGAGUGCGUUUCCUGCAGCGCUGAUGGAUGCGUUGGUGUCGUAUUUGGCGUUGUUGUAUCCGCCCGAGGGGGCGUUUCAUGAGCAGGUGAAGGCAGAGAAUAUCGUGUUUGCUGGCGACAGCGCUGGCGGUAACCUCUCCAUGGUUCUUCUCCAACUUAUCCUCUACCUGAACCGCAUCGGCCACAAGAUACAAUGGCACGGCGAAGCCCGCGAUAUCCCCCUCCCCGCCGGCGUAGCCGUCAGCUCGCCCUGGAUGGACCUGACCCACUCCCUCCCCUCCUGCACCGCCAAUGCCGCCUAUGAUUACCUCCCCACGCCUGCCCAACAAGCCGUCACCAAUGCGCGCCGCCCUCCCUGCGCCAUUUGGCCAACCAAUCCUCCCCGUAAGCACGUCUACACGCCUGACGCCCUAAUCACCCACCCCCUCCGUCUCCCCCGUCCUCGCCACAUCCUGGGCCGGCGCACCCCCCGUCUAUAUCUGCGCCGGCUGGGAACUGCUCACCGACGAGGACCGGUACACUGCCCAAAAGCUUUGGCGCGAUGGGGUUGA